AUGGCCCGCGAAGUCCCACAAGAGAUCUGGUGGCUCGUAUGUCAGGACUUGAAGCUACAGCAAGACUUCAGAAGCCUCUACCGAUGCGCUCUCAUAAAUCGAAGCUGGGCCAGUCUUGCCCUGCCUCUCUUGUAUAGCAUACACGACUCCUCAAGUGUGGCCUCAGAUGACGCAGGCACAACAGAUACCGGCAGAUGGGCGGGCAUGUGGCGCUCAAUUAUCUUGUCCAGUCUUGGCGUGACUGCUUACCCGUACUGCCUCUGGAUUAGGUCGCUGGGACUGAGUGACCUCGAACAGCUCCUGGUGGGCAUCGCCCGAGACAGGAAAUGGAGGACCCUUUUCUUCAAAGGCCCCAUGAAGACGUUCGAGAUCAUCAGUGGAUCUACCAAAACACGUCAAGGCAGACCAGUCCUUGAGUGGCAGAAGAUCAUCGAGCAAGUCGGUAACAAGAUCACCCAGUUUGCAGAGGAGGCCGCCGAGAAACAAAACAAAUCCGUACAGCUGGUCAGCCUUGAGGGUGCAAAUCUGCCGACUUCUCUACUUUCCGUCUGGGUUUCAAGGUUGUCGACUUUGACCACGCUUUCCAUCCGAGACGGCUCUGUCUUGACAGCAGAGGUCGCUGAUUCGAUCCAUCGCAACUGUCCUUUCUUCAAGGAUCUGACCUGUUUCAAUAUAAAAGGACCUACGGUGGACAAAAACAUGUCUGAAUUUUUCCGAGGACUCAGGGAGAACUCGCUUGAGAGUUUCAAGGUUCACAGCUCCAACGAGAUCGGAUAUGAUGCUCUAGAUGGACUCAUGCAACACUCACGCUCACUUCGAUUGCUCGAUCUCUCGAGUCUCCAAAACACCGGUCUGGCGGCUCUCGAUACUUUGAGCCGAUGCCAGUACCUGGAAGGCCUUAGCAUUGAAGCUAGCACGCCUUCGCUGCCAAGUACUUGGGCUGUCAGUGGCGAGGAUCCUCUCCCCAAGGUUGCUGCUUGGUUGAAGGAGUGCAAAUCCUUGAGGCGACUUGUCAUUUCGAAUCUCGCGGGUGCGAGCAAGCUUCUUUCCGAUAUCCUGGUGUCACCUGACCUUCGUCUCAGCGAUUUGGGACUGAGCUUGAUUGACGAUGAGGAAGCGUUUUAUACCGCUUUGGGCAACCAGACCGCUCUUGAGAGCCUGUCUCUACGAUCGAACGCAGAAAUUGUCGAUCCAAACAAGGCGCGGCACGACAAGUUCAUUGAUUCUAUCUGCGCAUGCACAAGACUUAAAGACCUCGACAUAAUGCAGAAGGUUGGAGGCAUUGACCAGGUUCAACUAACUAUGGAAGAUCUCGUGCUUAUCCAGAAUUCGCUUCCUCAUCUUGAAGAGCUCAGCUUUGACGGCGAAUAUCUAACGGAUGCCCUCUUUGAGCCACUUGCACGAAUGGAGCGUCUGACCCAAGUAUCCAUAAACGGAUCAUCCAUCUUUACAUUCGCCGGCAUAAAGGCUUUCAUCGAGGCGCUCACGAUGAGUGGUACGCAUAAGGGUUUCCGAUUGUAUGUCAUGAACCAAUACGGCGAGGCCGAGAUUUCAGAACGGCAUCAAGAACAGCUCGCCGCACUUAUGGCAGUAGGACUCAACGGUGCCUUUGAUCUGGCCUACUGGAGAAACCCAUCAGAGGACGACAUGUCAGAUUUGUCCGAUUAA